AUGGAGUCGCCAGGAGCGUACCCAGAGUCGCCAACCGACCAGGACGAUGUCGUGUAUCCGUGCAAGGGGUGUGGAGAGAUCCUCGAGGAAGGAAAGGCCUUCGAACUUGCUGGCAACCGAUGGCACAUUGACUGCUUCCGCUGCAAUACUUGCGGCACCCUCCUCGACUCGGACGCCAACCUGCUGCUCCUCGGUGACGGCUCGCUUAUAUGCAACAAUUGCACCUACAGCUGCAAUCACUGCGGCAACAAGAUCGAAGACCUGGCCAUCCUAACGGGCGACCAGGCCUUUUGCGCAAACUGCUUCAGGUGCAGGAACUGCAAGCGCAAAAUCGAGAAUCUCCGCUAUGCGCGCACCUCACAGGGCAUCUUUUGCAUGUCGUGCCAUGAGUCGCUCAUGGCACGGCGGCGGAAGAAAUCCAAGAAACCACCGGCAGCAGUGGCACCCAAGGUAGACAAGUCACUGCCUGCCUUGCCCCCUCAGGAACCCCAGACUACCUUCACCCCCGACCUCGACACACCGUCCGAAAUCUUUUCAGAGUCGACUACUACUGACGUCUCGCCGAGACCGGGAUAUACGAGGCGGGGCGACUCCAGCUCCAACUUUAGGCGUGAUGCGUCGCCUAUAGGGGACCUCUCGCGGAGGGACAACACCACUCUUCCCGCCACUACGUAUAGCAAAGAGAGCAGCCAUCAAGACCUUUCUGACGCAGCCGACGACAGCAUCUUGCUUCCCUUUGCUCUCGACCCCAACACGGCGCCUGGUCCGUCACCUCUAGGCAGGCCGGCCAGUCGCUACAGCGAGCGGCCCAUGGGCACUACCCAGAGCUCCGCCAAUGAAUCCAAGACUUCACGCGACUACUUCAACAAUAGACCGACAGCCGAUCAUCGUGAAGCAAUGAAGGAGAAUGGUUCGCGCGCAGUAUCCAAGGAGCGGAGGCCUCCGACAAGCCCACAUAUUGCUUUCCAAGAGAAGGGCAGACAGCCAUCAGAGUCGCUGGUAGACACACUGAAGAAGCGCAAGGAUGUCCCUUCCGAGUCCCCUGUGGCCCAACGAGUUCAGAGUCAGAAUGUUUCUUCGUCUCCUGCUCCUACAUCUACUUCUACAGAGCCCUUCAAGCUACAGGAGGUUCCAAAGAGCAAGAAAGCAGAGGCGAAGCGCAAGGACUCACCUUCAAGGACCCCACCGCAAUUGCAGCCGCCAUAUAGUCCUCCAAGUGCAGACAUGUCUGCGCGCCUGAGCCGUCCGAUGAUAGAUCCUGUGAAUUUCACCUCUUCUCCACCCUCUGGCAUGCAGGACUCUCCGAAUACUUCCACGUCCUCAUACAGCUCCCAUCAGCGAAUCGAGCGCCCUGCUCGUGGAGAUUCCCUUGCGCCUUCAGUGCCAAAGACUUCUGGCUCUCUCAGUCGCAAAGAAAAGUCGAACCCAUCUCCUACCACGCCCACCGUUGGACAUCCUGAGAGAAGCUCAUCCACCAAGGCUGCGACGGCACAACUCAAUUCAGGUCUUGGUAUCAUCAGUCCGGCUGACUCGCCUCCUACAAAAUCGUUCACAGAUGCUCCUGUGCCACCAGCGCGUUCGGCAGGACGCCCUGCUCCUCCUACGGCCGACAAUUUCACAUCGCCAAGGGCGCCUCCUCAGCCUCCUCACAACCAGUCGCAUAGGCCGACAGAGUCCACUAGCAGUUCUCUGACCGAGGCCUCCCGCGAUGCUUAUCCCCAGACAGGAGGGGGUGGCCUUCCUCGGUACAGUGCCCAAGGCGAUUUCUCCAUGGAUGAGGACUUUGCUAGGCUACUCGGCAAUAACGAAAAUCGAGACGAAGGUGAACGUGGAGUUUUCAGACGCGUGUCGAACGCCGUAUCCAAGCACGGACGCAGCUUCAGUGACCGUGGCUCCGUCACCUCGCGUGGCCAAGGCCACAAAAAGUGGCCGACCAACGGCUCCAUCGAUAUCAGUAGCCCCACCGUUGCCUCGCCAGAUUCCAAAGAGGAGGGUGCCAAUCUGCGAAACGAACUGCGCCGCGCCCAGCAACGCAUUGCAGAACUCGAAGCCGAGAAGAACGGACUACAAGAGUCGAUGCACAGCGCAGCGGACAUCAACCAAGCGAACACGGUCUUGAGAGAAAAGCGCAGCACCAUGGCCAUCUUGGACUGCCAACGCGAAAUGGUGAUCCGCGAGCUUGAGGUCAUGACUGAACGUCUCAAGCAGGCAAAGGACAGUGAGGGGUCCAUGGAUAUCAAUCAGCUGAAAUCCGAUGUCACCAAAGACUUCGCUAACUCGAUUCAAAAGCUCAAAGACCAACUGCGAGGCCAAAUUGAGGAUCUCAUAUCGAAGAGAUCGGAGCUGACUGAUGAAAUCUCCAAUCUGAUCCAGAUGAAGGACAAGGGUUUCCAAGAGUACGAAUCUUUGACUGCUGCUAACACCAGGCUGUCAGCUAUGAAUCGAGAGCUCGUUGAUAACAUUCAAACAACACUGAAGAACAACAAGAAGGGUGGUCAGAAUGUUGACGUAACAGCCAACGGCCUCGGAAUCUACAAUGCACAACACAAGGGUGGCAAAUCCGAGAUUUCUAUCGAUACGCAAGGAAUCUCGCACGAGCACUCGUUUGCGAACCUACACGAGGAUGGUGAGACGACUGUUGCGCAGCCGCAGGUCAUCAAUAUUCGUAAGGGCAAGGUCAAUAAAUUCUCCAACUGGAAGAAGGGUGGCCAGGCUAUCAAGACGAACGUAACCAAGGGCUUCAAGGGUGCUUUCGGAUCGGAAUCGAAUGCACGACAGGAAGACUACAGCAUCAAGGUUAUUGGAACGCCUUAUGGUACCACUCAUACGGCGCCUGAUCUUGCAGCCAUGUCUACAAUGUCAUCAAUGUCUGCAUCCACAAAGAGCAGCCAGCAGCAGGACGCAGGAACACAACGAGGCUGGUUUGGUGGAAAACCAGGCGCCACCAGACCUCCCGGACAACAGGAUCGUUUCAAGCCAAUGCAGCACGAUAAUAGCAGCACGAAUCUGAUUGCGCCCGCGGAUGCCAGCACCGUCCUAUUUGGCUCAGACCUGACUGCGCGAUGCGAGUUUGAAAAACAGAUGAUCCCUCGCGUUGUCAGUCGAUGCAUUGAAGAGGUCGAAUUAAGAGGCAUGGACGUGGAGGGAGUCUAUCGCAAGAGUGGAGGUACUGGCCAGGUCAACCAAGUCCGCAGCGGGUUUGAAGCGGAUAGUGAAUACGACAUCUCAGACCCUGAUCUGGAUAUUCAUUCGGUCACUUCCGCUUUGAAGAACUACUUCCGCAGGCUUCCUGUCCCAUUGAUCACCUAUGACGUCUAUGACCAGUUCUUGGAGGCGGGUCAGAUCGAAGAUAACGCGGCACUAUGCAAAGCUAUGCUUGCUGCAGUGAAUGAAAUCCCAAAGGCUCAUCGUGACACCCUCCAAUUCUUGGUCUUCCAUCUCUCGAGAGUCAUCCAACAUGCCAACGUCAAUCUGAUGACUCCACUCAACCUGGCUGUGGUUUUCGCACCAACCAUUAUGCGUCCAAUGGAGCUCCAGCGAGAACUUACCGAUGUCCAAGCGCAGCGUAUCGCUGUCCAAGCUUUGCUUGAAAAUUACAAGACUAUCUUUGGAGAAGAAUAG